AUGAAGAAUUCCAACUAUGACUAUUCCGACAUUACCCCUGUUGAUAUAAAUACCGAAGAGCCUCAAAUAUGUCAAAUUUUGUAUGACGAAGAUUAUAAACAAAUCAUGGGGAUGUUGCUUGCACUUAUGAAAGCGGAAGAAUAUUCUGAACGUGCAUUGUAUAUUACUGAAUUGGGUAUUAACGAAUUAGCAUCACAUUAUACCAUAUGGAUCUACCGAUUUAAUAUUUUGAAAAAUUUACCUAAUCGAAACCUUUAUGAUGAAUUAGAUUGGUGUGAAGAAAUUGCUUUGGACAAUGAAAAAAACUAUCAGAUUUGGAAUUAUCGACAAUUAAUAAUUGGUCGAAUUAUGGAAUUAAAUAAUAAUGAGUUUGACCCUUAUCGAGAAUUCCCCAUAUUGGAAGCAAUGUUAAGUUCAGAUCCAAAAAACCAUCAUGUUUGGUCAUAUCGUAAAUGGUUAGUUGAUACUUUUGAAUUGCAUAAUGAUACAAAAGAAUUAUCGUUUGUUGGGAAAGUCAUUGAUACUGAUUUGAAAAAUAACAGUGCUUGGUCUCAUCGAUUCUUUUUGUUGUUUAGUAGGAAACAUUUGACCACCGAUACUAUAAUUGAUGGGGAACUAAAUUAUGUUAAAGAAAGAAUUAUUAAGUGUCCUCAAAAUCCAAGUACUUGGAACUAUUUAUUGGGUACUUGCGAAAAGUUUAAUCGACCAAUUACUCAAUUAGAAGAAUUCAGUUUACAAUUUGUUGACUUGGAGAAAGAUCAAGUAACGAGUUCAUUUGCAUUGGAAACAUUGGCGAAAAUAUAUAAGCAACAGAAGAAAUAUAAUGAGUCGAAAACUCUUUAUGGAUUGUUGAAAUCAAAAUAUGAUCCAAUCAGAUCAAAUUUCUGGGAUUAUCAGAUUUCCCAACUUACAUCAGUGUAA